AUGGCUGAAGUUUCUGCAGAUUGUGUAACCCUGGAGCUUCUACAAGAAGCCAAGGAGAUGGUGAGGAGAAGCCCAUUGGGUGUCAUCAACACUCCCAUGAUCCUCUGGAGCCAAACCACUUUACCUGUCAACAAGGCUCGAAGUAUCUAUAUUAAACUGGAGAACAUGCAGAGAACAGGAUCUUUCAAAAUUCGAGGUGUCGCCAAUCAGUUUGCCAGGAGGCCCGAGGGUGGCCAUUUUGUCACCAUGUCUGCAGGGAAUUACGGGAAGUCCUUUGCGUUCGCGUCAAAACACUACGGGUCCAAAGGCAAAGUGGUGAUGCCGGAAACUGCGCCUUUGUCCAGAUCAGUCCUCAUACAGAGUUUUGGAAUUGACGUGGAGCGAGUUCCGACUUCCUGUCUGAUGAAUGUGGUGAACCGUUGCGUUCAGGACGAAGACAUGACAUUCUUGCACUCUUAUGACGAUUUGGAUCUCAUAGCGGGACAUGCAAGUUUAGGUUUGGAGGUCCUGGAGGUCGUGCCUGACCCUGAUGUGGUAGUGGUAUGCUGUGGAGGAGGUGGGCUACUGGCUGCCGUAGCUGCUGCUAUCAAGCUGUCAGGAUGUGGGAAAACCAGAAUCUAUGGUGUGGAACCAGAAGGAGCGUGCACCAUGUACAAAAGUUUCAUUGAGAGGAAGCCAAUGGGGAUGGACGCAAACAGCAUUGCAUCUGGGCUUGCGCCACCAUUUGCAGGCGCGCUCCCCUACGAGCUGUGCCGACGCCACGUUGAGGAAAUCGUGCUGGUGAGCGACGACCAAAUCAAGGCGGCCGUGUCGACGCUGUACCGAGCGGGCUUGGUGGUGGAGCCGUCCGGUUCGGCCGCCUUCGCUGCCGUGGCUUUCGGAAAAAUACCCCGACUCGAAGGGAGGAAGGUCGUUUGCAUCCUCAGUGGGGGGAACCUCGGCAAGGACGAGCUCGCAAACUUUCCAGAUUAA